UGGAUAUAGGAUAUGUACGUAGGGUGUCAACAAGCGCGUAUCGACAUGGGCUAACACGCCGAAGCGCAAUAGCCGAGCGUGCCGGCGGAAGAUCAUGGCUCAAAACAAGGACUCCGUAGACGAGAACCUCGUCAGCUCGGUCACGGAAUACGUCAAGUCAUACAUGUCAAAUUACGACGGAUCUCAUGACUUCAACCACAUCGAGCGCGUCGUAGGACUUGCCAAAUACAUCCAUGCACAGUCGCCGGACGCACCUCCGCGGGAUCUCCAAGUCGUCAUCCUCAGUGCCCUCUUGCAUGAUGUGGGAGACAAGAAAUAUCUGAAGUCAGGGGAAGAUGCUUUAACUCUGGUAUACGAACUGCUUCUGUCUCUUGGUGCUGCGGAGCAACUGGCGAAAAGAGUUCAGACCAUCUGUCUGGGCGUUAGCUACUCAAGCGAGAUCAAGGAUCCCGCUCGUGUUCAAGAACUUAUCAAGUCUUAUCCCGAGUUAGCUGUUGUUCAAGACGCUGAUCGACUCGAUGCUAUUGGGAGCAUCGGGAUUGGCAGAGUUUUCACUUUCACUGGCGCUAGGACACAACGGUCUAUGGCAGACUCCAUCCAACAUUUUCAUGACAAACUACUAAGACUUGAGAGCAUGAUGAAGACGGACGUCGGACGGAGACUUGCCAAACAAAGAACUGAGAGGAUGCAAGAGUUCCUCAGCUGGUGGGAUGAAGAAGCAGCUUUCUCUAAUGGAUCGCCAAUUACGACUUAAAAAUAUAUCAGCAUUAAUGGAUACUGGCAAUUUUCUGUCUUGUAUCACAUCUUCAUCGAAACAUUAUAUCUACUUUGUAUGUCUUCUUGUGUUCAACGCUAACCUACAGGCGAUGACAUUCCGCCAGACCACAUUGAC